AUGGAAAAUUCACGGCAGGAAUCCUUCAAACAGCUCCGCACGCCAUGUGUCGAAUUAAGUUCUGUCGGCCUGAAGUUUCGCGGUCGACAAGCAUCGUCUCAGGAUGUCUUUCGUGCCCUCACCCCUGUACAUAAUGUCCUAAUCGAACUCGCCAAGAAAAAUGCACUGGAUGAGAAGCUCGCCGAAUAUGCCUUCUUCCCACUGUCACAUAUUUUUAAUGAGACUCAGAGCAUUACUGCCAAUUGUCUGGAAUUAGCUGUCAAAUGCUUGCGGAUUCUAAUUGUUUAUGGAUGGCGGGAACGACUCUCUUCUCAGAUGGGCAAACAGCUCAUAAUUCUGCUGACACUGAUUGUGGGUGGUACACCAGAUAAGACCAGUACCGGCGAAACUACACAAUCCCGGCCGGCGGAAUUGGCUGUUGCAGGGCUUGAUUGCCUUUUGGCUAUUUUCAAUGUCCUGGAAGGGCCUAUGGCCGAACGCACGAUCUACCAUGAGAUUGGUACAGCGACAAUAGUAGACCAAACGGUAUAUGUCUUACUGGAAGGCAUUGUCGAUGACAAGUCCGAUGAGAUAUGCGUCUCUGCAGCAAAUGCGCUUCAAGCGCUUUAUAAUCGAAUUUCUGACCGAGUCGUUCUGGCUAGUAUUAUGCCGCGGACGGUCUCAGUUUUAGCAAGAGUACUAAAGCCAACAACACAAACACGACAUUCCUAUAAGCUACUCUGUGCCUGCCUUCAGACACUUACGCACAUGCUCAAAGUAGCCCUUAAUGAUCAAGCUGCGAGUACGCUACCGGAAAUAGCUAACCGUUCCGAAGCGGGGGAUGAUCGACUCGUGCUUGAUGAAUCUUGGCUGAAGGCUACAGCAACUCAAAUUAAACUUGCACUCGCAAACAUUAUACAAAUAAGACGACAUGAACGGCGGGAGGUACAAGAGUCAUUGUUGGAACUCUGCUUAAUGGUAGUGGAAGAAUGCCAAAAUACGCUGCAGGAAUCAAUCCCUAUAGUUGUCGAUACCCUCGUCGUUCUAUCGGAUUUCGAAGAGGAUCAUGGUCCUAACCAUGCAUAUUUGUCCUUAGUACAUACUGCUACUGCUUACCCUGCAGUAUUGGACUCCUUGAAAAACUCGCUUCAUAAUUGGAUUACUGCCUUUCCAAGGACAAUGCAAAGUAAUGAUGAAACAGCAAAACAAUGGGCUCUCAAACAAAUAGCAACGGUCUUCCAGAUCCUGUCUCAGCUGCAGUCUAGAUCUGACACUCUCACUACGAGUCUUGCGUCAGGCUUGUGUGACAGCGUCACUACUGUAGUGACUCAAUCAACCGGUGUUCCUCAGCCUUUGAGUGUUGAGUCGUCAAAUGUACAGUCUUUGGAAGUACUCCAUAGUGAAAAUAAAUCCACGUGCUUCCCGCCUAUACUUUUGGAACAUAGAAGCCAGCAACAGACUCUGAGUGACCUACAGUCUAUGAUUGUCAGACUUAACAAAUCAGAAGCGGGUAAUGACAUUACACGACUGAUAAUUAACCAGAUCCAUCAGGGAGAUGCCUUAUCAGUAAUCGCACCUUUCUGGCUGGCACUUUCCUUCCUAAAAAGCAGCACGCAGCUCUCGACAGUUUUUGACGAUUUAGUCUCGUUGGACGAAGUUGAGCCUUCGUCUACGUUCUCUACGAAGGCGAGCAUGAUCGAGGAACUGUAUUACAUUGCACUACCAAUAUUAAACGAACCGUUAUCCAAUGAAUCAAGGGAUUGGAGAGUUUCAGCACUAGCCUUAGAAGCGGUAGCGCUUCAGGCACAGCAACUUCGAGAAGCAUUCCGUCCAGAACUCAUGGAUGCUUUGUAUCCUGUGCUCCAACUUUUGGCAUCCAACAAUGCCAAUCUACAGACACAUGCUAUGGCCUGUUUGAAUAUCCUGACAGCAUCUUGCAAUUAUGAUAGUACAAGCAGCAUGGUCAUUGAAAAUGUUGACUAUUUGGUCAACUCGGUGGCGUUGAAGCUCAAUACUUUUGAUGUAUCGCCAUAUCCGCCUCAAGUUCUAUUCAUGAUGGUUAAACUAUGCGGCGCACGGUUGAUUCCUUACUUGGAUGACCUGGUAGAUUCAAUAUUUGGGAUUUUAGAUCUUUAUCAUGGGUACCCCAAACUUGUUGAAAUGAUGUUCAAAACACUGGCUGCUAUUGUCGAAGAAGGCACAAGGAGCCCAUCGUUUCUAGCAAUUGGGGGUGACCAAGAAGGCAGUUCUGUUGACCAUCACAAAGAACGGUACAAGAGACUUCAAGUUGCUUCCCUGGCCGAAGACCUUGCAGCCCACAAGGCGAAACGUACCAAAUACUCGGAAAACCGAUCUGAUGAGGCAAACGAAGCACUUUCCCAUCCGAAACGGCCAUGGACGAUGGAAACUACUGAGUCUGAUAAGCCAGAUCGUGAAAUCGUCUCUCUCCACGAUCCGGUGGGUGACGGAGAAUCUGAUGAGCCGCUACCACCACCUCAAGAGCCCGAAGAUCAAGAGAAACCCUUAGGUAAAUCACAUAACAUCUUAAUACACAUUGUCAAAUCGAUUCCUUCUCACCUUUCAUCGCCUUCACCAUACCUUCGUCGCUCUCUCCUCUCUAUCCUCAUUCAGGUUUCGCCUAUUCUGGCUGCACAUGAAAACAGCUUUUUACCUCUGAUCAACGAUAUGUGGCCAUCUGUAGCUGCGAGGAUUACUUUUCCGUCUUCGUUCGGAAGCUCAUCUUCUUCGAACACUCUUAUGACCAGAAACUCUUCCGACAAUGUCGACGACGGAUAUAAAUCAGGAUUCGAAGAGCAUGAUUUCAAAGAUGAGGUAUAUGUUACUACAAUGGCCUGCAAAGCUAUCGAGGAGAUGUGCAAGAAUGCCGGUGAUUUCAUGGCCUCCAGGGUCGAGAGCGAGUUUCCACGAUGGAAACGUAUCUACCAUCGAGCAUGGGAGAAAGUAAGCCAAGAUGCAGAAAAAGCAAUAGAACGACGAUCCCAACAGACGAAAAAGGCAAAAGAACCUGAUCUGCUAUCUUCUCUGGGUCUAUCCCAGUCACUGUCCCUAACCACAGUUGGAGCUCCUUCGGGUGCCCGAGCAUUCACACCACACCACAGUCUUUGGAGGGCACUACUCACCCUGUUCAUGACACUUCUCACUCAUGUUCGCCUUCCAUUAUCCAUGGGGGACCAGAUAUGCGAGUUCCUCGGGGUGUGGAUUGCUCAAUUUGCGGGUCCAGAGCACUACUUCUUUUAUCAUCAACAGAGUACAGAAACAAACAACCGGAGGGAUUCCAAGCCACCGUCUUCCCUUCAAAUAGAUAUUGAUUCUGUCGAAUCUGCCAUCAGAACAAUGGAGACGUGGAAUGCCGAUCUGACCUGGUUUAUCUUUCAAAAGCAGAGAACACAGGUGCUUGGACUCACCGCCCAGACUCGGACACCCCAAGUCCCCAAGAUGACCGAGGUGGAUGAAGGAGCCUUGAAAGCAUGGUCCAUGCCGGGGAGUGGGUUGAAAUUUGUGGAUUUGGUGUUCUAA